AUGCUCGAGAGUUUGAGGGGUUUGUCGAAGAAGCUCUACGAGCAGGUUGAGCUAACUUCUUCUUUUAGGCUGAGGAGCCAAGCCGAGCUGACUAGCUUUAUAGUUGAGGAGUCUCCUAAGGAGUUUAUGAUGGAGUCAGGUAUUGCAACGAUUGAUGAGCGAGGCAAUAUCUUAGUUGAAGAGUUAAGUCAUACUUUGAGUGAAGACCCAUGUCAUACCUUGGCUGAAGAGUCAGUUGAAGAGCUAGGUCGUUCCUUGGUUGUAGAGUCAGGUCGUUCCUUGGUUGUAGAGUCAGGUCAUUCCUUGGUUGAAGAGUCAGGUCAUUCCAUGGCUGAAGAGUCAAGUCGUUCCUUCGCUGAGGAGGCAGGUGAUUUCUUGGUUGAAGAGCCAAGUCAGGCUGAAAAGCCAGGUCGUUCCUUGGCUGAGGAGCCAAGUCAUUCCUUGGCUGAAGAGCCAGGUCGGGCUGAAGAACUAGGUCGACUGAAGA